AAAACGACUAUUAACUACGAGAGUAACACGGAAAAUGGGAAAAUCUAAUAACGUUUCACCAGUACUUAAUUUCAAAAUAGUUCCAGUUGAAGAACUGCUUGAUUUGCAAAAAAUAGAAAUAGUUCAGCCUACAGGUUCGUUUGAACAAGAACCACAUCAAAGUAAAUAUGAACUUAGACCUGAUAUAGACGUACAAAAUGAUCAGCUCUCUCACUGGCCAGCAUGGACCGUGAACAAACAAAGAUGCAAGUUUAUCAAAUGUAAAGGAACAUCAAGAGUUCAGUGUGAAAAAUGCAAAGUUCAUUUAUGUUUUCAUUCCAAAAAUAAUUGUUUCAAGCAGUUCCACAAUUUACCAAGAAAAACGACUAUUAACUAGGGGAGUAACACGAAAAAUGGGAAAAUCUAAUAACGUUUCACCAGUACUUAAUUUCAAAAUAGUUCCAGUUCAAGAACUGCUUGAGUUGCAAAAAAUAGAAAUAGUUCAGUCUACAGGUUCGUUUGAACAAGAACCACGUCAAAAUAAAUAUGAACUUAGACCUGAUAUAGACGUACAAAAUGAUCAGCUCUCUCACUGGCCAGCAUGGACCGUGAACAAACAAAGAUGCAAGUUUAUCAAAUGUAAAGGAAAAUCAAGAGUUCAAUGUGAAAAAUGCAAAGUUCAUUUAUGUUUUCAUUCCAAAAAUAAUUGUUUCAAACAGUUCCACAAUUUACAAUAAGUUAGAAUACUAAUAUUAUAUAUAAAAUAUAUUUUGUUUCCAUAUCUAACAUGAAACGCCGUAAUUUGCCACGUCUUGACAGUUUCUGAAACGUCAUAUUUUAUCCCAUGUGGUAAAAAUCUAUCCUGCUCGAAGACGUCAAAAAUUAAAUUGCUAAACUUUGACCACACUUUGACACAAUUUUUCUUGUUAUUUUAGUAGUUUUUAGUAAUAAUUACACGAGAGCUCUAAAAUUAUCGAUUUGUAUACCGAGUGACACUUUGACAGUUUUAAUUUCUCGACCAGAAGGGGAGUGAAAUUAUGUCAAAGUGUCACGAAGGCAAAACAAAUCGAUAAUUUUUAAGAGCUCUAGUGUAAUCCGGUAAGAUUAUUUCAUGAAUAAAACUGUCUUUUUAAAUAAUUUUAACUAAUAUUUUAUUGGUAUCUUCGCCUGAAUAUUUGCUAAACCUGUUUCUUGGUGUUCCCUGUGACAAAUUGUAAAACAUUAAUUGUCAUUAAUGUCACUGAAUGUAUUUUUGCGUAGCAACGAAGUGCAUCUGACGUAAAAGUUGACGACGCGACGGGAAAUUAUCGAAAAAAAAAAUAUCGGGUAUAAUAUCACAAGAGAGUGAGAACAAAUUGAAAAUAAUGCGACAGUUUUUCGAAAAUUUGUUGUCUGGCAAUAGACACGAGAGCCCGCAGGGCUCGAGUGGCUAUUGCCCAAUGACAACAAAUGUGAGUAAAAAUGAAGCAUUAUUUUCUUAUUUAUUCUUACUGUCGUGUGAUAUUCGUAAGAUUAUUUUUUAAUACGUAUAUUAUGGAUAUUUUCUUAAAUGUGACAGUUGUCAAAACUAGGAAACUGGUUGCCAUUAAACAGAAACAAUCUACUUAAAAAAAUUCUAUCGGUAAUUUUCUACAGUAGAUAAUUCUCAGUAUAAUUUUAAUCUGAUUGGACAGAAUUAAACACGUGAUCAAAUAUCUUACUAUGCGAUUGGAAGUUAAAAUCAUUAAAAAAUAAUCCGUUUAAUUUUUAUUUCUGUAGCUUUCUAUUGGUCAGAAUCUCUAUGGAUGAAAUAAUCUUACUUUCCCUCUUAAUAUUCUAUUUAUUUUUAUUUUUUACGGUUAAUUUGUUUAUACUUCUGUGUUUAUGCUGUGUUAUAGAAAAAAAAUUAUAUUAUAUACCGGGAAAAAAUGCAGAUUUUAGCACUCUCAUGAUUACAGCCCUCUACCACGCGUCUGAGCGUAAGGGUAAAAACAUGCCGAAAAUACAUGGAUGAGCGCGGUGUAGGUCGCGAUCGCGGUCGAGGUUUACAUCAAUGACGGGGAGAACAUACCGAAGAUACUUUCCGUAUUCGUUUUGGCAUCGACAUCGCUGUAAACCGCGAUGCAAGGUCGCGAGGGUGAACGGGUGACACAUUCUUGGUAUGUGCGAUCUCAUAAGAAAAUGAAGGUUUGUUUUGAUAUUGAUGUAGCUACCGCAAUCGCGACCUACACCUCGCUCAUCCAUGUAUAUUCGGCAUGUUUUUAGCCUACACGUAUAGCGCUAAAAUCUGCUACUCUUACCCCUUAUAAAGGGGCCUUAUAUAGGGAGCUAAUAAAUGGUUAUACGUAUAAGAAUUUUAGUAAUGUAUUUUAUUAUGUCAUUUUAAAAUUUUGUAAUUUUCGAAUACUUUGUUGAAGAAAUUUCAUUAAAUAAUUAAAAUAA